CGCGCUUUCAUCCUAUUAGCAUCUCGCGAGUGCCGGCGUGAGUGACAGAUGACAGGUGACUCGUCGAUAAGUGAUAAUCGCACGGCCAGUCCCGUGGCCAUGGACAAGGAGAUGUACGGUGUCGUGAACCGGAGCAGUCCGCCGCAUAGGAGGUCGCAUCCUGGGUCAAGGAUUAUGAAGUACAGUCCUGGACCGGCUCACCCAGGACACUAUGGCCCACAUUAUCGAUACAGGAGUAGGCAGCACCGGCAUUAUCAAGAGGAGAACCAAUGGAGCUGUGGCAGUUGGAUAGAAUACACGUUGGUGGUGGUACUGGCUAGUGUACUGCUCCUGGGAGCACUUGCACUAACCCUCUUCUGGAUACUACAGUACCAUGGCGGGUUCGCCUGGAGGGAAAACCCAGAUAAGCAGUUCAACCUGCAUCCAGUGCUCAUGGUUGCUGGUUUCAUUACAUUUAGUGGAUUCUAUACUCUUUUGUAG